CAAGUGGUGCAGAGUCUGCUUGAUGUCACGAUGUGUGAGUGAAUGUCCCGAUUUGAUAGUGCAAAAAGAGCCGUUUCAUCACAAGCAACUGUUCACCUUGCUGAAACUUUCUUCUGAAUUAGUCCACAUUUGUAUGUGCAACUAGUAAUAUGGCUGCUGCGGUUAUUAAGGGUGUUGGCAAGUUGGCCAUUGCAGCUGGUGCAGUUUACCUAACUGUAGAUCAAGGAAUCUGGAGUGGAUCAUCAGAUAGUGCCAAUACCUUCAAGAAUCUUACAAGCACAUACAGUAUUCCCAAUCAAGAGGAAUACUUGCAACAAAUCCCUUCUGCCAAAGGAAUAUCGCAACAAUUGAGAAAUGGUUGGAAUUCAGGAAUUAAAUGGUCUUUUGAUUACUUAGUAACAACACCAGAAAGAAUUGGAAACUUGACAAGCUCAGCAACCAGUUGGGUCACAGACUCAUUGACUGAGACAAAGGAGUAGUCUAGGGUCAGCGUGUUGGAGCCUGUAGAUUAUGUACAUAUCAACAAGAGUAUUCUCCAUAUUAACAGGCCCAAUUUCAUGGCUAUGCUUACCAUAUUAAGCAAAGAAUUAACGCUUGUAGAAGCAGGGAAUUCUGUGCUUACAUCAAGCAUACAUGUAUAUUACAGGUAGCGGGGAAUUUUGGCUAGUGUGCACUUCACGUUACUAUGCAUUCCCUCGCUUACACAGUUAGCGCAGAGAUGCGGGCAAGCAGAGAAUGGUGAUCGUGAGUGCAGAAUUGGGCGGUAAGCAGAGCCAUGUAAUUGGGGGCUGGUGUGACAUUAUCAGACUACUAUGUAUUUUGUAUCUUUUUAAAAGAAGAAAUUAGGAGUAAACACUGGUAACAAUAUACACCAUGUGAUUUUAAAGGCAGUGGUAAUUACUAAAAUCAAUUGUUAGCAUAAAAACUUACUUGGUAUCAAGCAAUGGAAAGC